AUGCAUGUCUUGCAUGCAAACUCCAUAAAAGGCAAUGUGAUCGAGUCUUACCAGCAUGCUCAAGAUGCAUCAAAUGCUUCAAGCGGCUCUCCGCUAGCGUCGAAACGGAAGGCUUGCUUGCUCUGCCAACAUAGAAAGAAACGAUGUGAUGGGCUAAUACCGAAUUGUUCUCAAUGUCGCAAGCUGCGACUUGACUGUACCUAUCCACACGAGCGGUCUUUGUCAUCCGCCGAGCUGAUUUCCCGAUUUAGCAAUACUCGCGGGGUAGAGUAUCGCUUGCCGGGACCUGUUGACAGUGAGCCAUAUAUGCUCGCUCUCAUCAACUGCUUCAAAGACAGUGUCAAGGCCAUGCCAGGGCCUUCCGAAGAAGGAAGUGUGCUUAACUACAUGGAGAACGACUGGAUACCUCUAUCUCUUACCGACCCCGCCUUUUUCUAUGCCACCCUCUGCUGGGCAUCCUCAUUUUACGAUAUUGUCCAUGACCAGGAGGAAUCCCGGAGCACAGUAUAUCAUCAAACCCAAACCAUUCGAUUCGUCAACCAAAAACUGGCGGCUGGCGACAUCGAUGAUCCCCUUGUUGCGUCUGUUGUUGUCUUGGCGAUACAAGCAGCAAUGCGCGUAAACCUUCCUGCCACACUCCAGCAUUGGCAAGGGCUAUCAUCCAUUAUGACGGCGCGUGGUGGGCUGCCGGAGGAAACACGAUUCAGUGGUUUCAUAGCUGAGGUCUUCCGCAUAAAUAUGAUGCUCCCAGCUAUGAUCUUUGACACAGAUACUAUCCUCCCCGUUGUUCCUGGACCAAGCCCACCGCAACCUCUUUCGUUCCUCUCCUGGGUUUUGAACAAAAUGAACACUCGACCGCAAUACCAACUAGCGUCCGACACUCGACUCAUUCUCAAGACUAUUCACGAAUCAUUCAGCGACCCUCAUCAGCAACCUACAACGAUAUCCCUAACUAAGGUGUCUCUCAGCGAUUGGAUGAGAACAAAAUAUGGAAUAGAAGUCAAAAUUCCGGAAACUCCAUUACAAGGCGAUCCCGCCCUCGAAGCGUGUUGGCUUGCAACGGACAUACUAUGGUAUCUCUUAGACAUCUCGGAAACAGGCAGUGAAAGCACACUUCAGUGUUACCUGAAGAAACUCAAAGCUGCCGUCAGCAAAGUAUCUCGAGCUACGUGGAUUACAUCUGCCUCUGAACCAUUCUUAUGGGUGGCACUGAUAGGGGCUGCUGCUGCGCCCGACCAGCCCAAUCGAAUUUGGUUCACUACACUUCAUGGAUGCAUGCCCUCAUCCAUACUGACCAAGGAUGUGUCGGCUUAUCAAGACUUCUGGCAGUGCUUUUGUUGGGUCAGAGAUCUUCGGAGGUUCAAGAUGCAACCGGUGUUGGAUAUUUCGGAAGUUGACGAUACUUAUGGUCUUGCUGAUACACGUGAUACAUGUAUGGCGGUGUAA